GCAACGCAACGCAACGCAACGCAACGCAACGCAACGCAACGCAACGCAACGCAACGCAACGCAACGCAACGCUGUGCCGGCUGCUUUGCGGGCACAGAGCGACGGGGGGUGAAGGGAUGGAGCGGGAUCAAACUGUGUGAAUAAAAAGGGAAAAGAAAUAAAAAGUUUACAGUCGCCCCUUCGCUUCUGUGUGAGGUGAGGGAAUGAUGCGCAGAGCCCCGCAGCGCUGCGGGACAGCAGCACGGGACAGUAAUACAGGACAACAAUGCAGGACAAUACAGGACAGCAGCACAGGACAACACAGUAUAACAGUACAGGACAGCAGCACAAUACAGCCCCGCAGUGCCGACCCCGCACACCGCAGCAGACGCACUGACGGAGGUCAAACGUCGCUCAGUGCGUUGGGGCGGAGCGCAGCGCAGUGUGCGGGGCAGGUGCUCGGCCCCGAUGCGGGAGGCGGCGCUGCGGGGCAUUGCGGAGCCUUGUGCCGGGCUGGGGCUGGGGCUGGGGCUGCCGCAGCCUCUCGGUCCGCCCGCAGCCCGGCGGUGCCGCCUCCCCCCGCAGCUCCGCUCCGGCUCCGUCCCGUCCCCGCUCCCCGGUGUCCGCUGCCCGCCGGUCCGGCUGCAUGCACACCGCGGUGUCGGCGCGGCUGGAUUCGCUGGAGUCCUGGGCCUUCCACGCGCUGCUGGUGCUGCCCUAUAUGUUCUACGUGGGCUUGUUCUUCGUCAACGUGCUGAUCCUGUACUACGCUUUCCUGAUGGAGUACAUCGUCCUUAACGUGGGCAUCGUCUUCCUGCCCGAGGACAUGGACCAGGCGCUGGUGGACCUGGGGGUGCUGUCCGACCCCGGUUCCGCUCCGUACGAUACGGACAGCGAGCUGGACGUCUUUGACUCCUACUUGGAGUGACGCCGUCCCGGCGCGGCCGCGGGAUGCCCGCACUGCCCGGCCCCUGCGGAGCCCCCGGAACGCGCCGGGCCGCGGAGGGGCCGCAGAAUAGGUUAAGAAGCUCUGCAAAGUGCUUGGUACUCUCACUGUAAGACAACAUCACCUCCACAUGUUGAAAUGGCAGUGACGUUUCCGUGCUCAGAGAUGCAUUAAACACCUGAAAUGGAUUAUGACCAGGUGAAUGGAUCAAGUUAUGGAGGAAAACAAUGCUCUGAAAUGUAGAGGUGAAAAGAAGGUCAAGGGGACAACGAGGAGUUGUUAUCAGACCUUGUCAGCUGUGACCUUUUCCUCAUGACCGUUGCCUCUUGAGUGUGCACUACCUGCUGUGAUUCAUGUACAGUACUGGGCUUCCAUAGGUAAUUCGGGGAUGGACUCUGCGAACAAAUAAUAUAAGCUAUGUUCUCUUACAAAGAAAAUCAAGAUAUUACUCAGAUUUGAUAAAUUUUUCAAUAAAUACCAUUUCACCUGACUGGACACACUGUACAUGCUGCUUAAGCAAGUUUUGCAUUCACACAUUGAAAACUCUACCAGCCAAUAGUUCCACAUCUGCGCUUUCUCAGGGGAACAUAUCCAGGAGUGCCGCAAGGUUCUGUUCAGGGCAGUAUUAUGACAAGAAGUGCACUAGUAAGAAACUUUAUUUAAAUUGCAAGCUUUGAAACAGAUCAGAGACUGAAUUUUGUUAGGUGGAUUCAUUACCUAACACAAGAUAAUUUGCAGAUUAAGUUCAUGUUCCUAUGUACAGAUCUGAAAGCAAUACAAUAAAGACUGACCUUUUCCAUGAAA